ACGUCAUCCGGGAGCGCCGCGGCGGCGGGGGCUGGGGAGAGGGGCGGGUGCGCCAUGGCCCGACAGCUCAUCGGGCCCGCACUGCCGCCCGGCUUCCUGCGCCGCGCCGAGACCGAGACCGAGACCGAGCCCCAGCCGGCAGAGGACUCCGGGCAGGUUGCAGGCCCAGCACUGCCUCCAGAUUACAAAAGCAGCUGUAGCUCAGAAUCUCCUGACAGUGAUGACAAYUCAGAAUCUCUUCCUCUACCCAGAGACACAAACAGAGAUUCUGAAGAGGAGACMGAAGGAGAUCCAGCACCCAAAAAGCCAAAAAGAAUUCCUGAAGAUGAUGAUGACGAUGGCUUUUUUGGGCCAGCUCUUCCUCCUGGAUUUAAAAAACAGGAUGAUUCUCCAGAGAGGCCCAUUAUUGGUCCUGCAUUACCACCUGGCUUUAGGAAACCUUCAGAGGACACCAGGAGUAGCAGAUGUUUCAUAGGACCAUCUGUUUCAUCAGAAUCUCAUCCCCAGGUGACAGAUAGUAGUGAGGAAGAAGACAAUCUUAUAGGCCCAAUGCCUGCAGAAGGACCAGUGGAAUCUGAUGUGACUAAAGACUUCGAACGCAGAGCUCAGAGAAUGAAAGAAAAACUUACUUCAGCAGACAGUGAUGAACCAAAGCAAGUUACCAGGGAAUCAUGGAUGACAGAGCUUCCACCUGAGUUGAAAAGCUUUGGAUUUGGCCCAAGAACAUUCAAGAGAAGAGCUGAUGACAAAUCAGGUGAUAGAUCUAUUUGGACAGAUACUCCAGCUGACAGAGAGAGAAAAGCCAAGGAAAGAGAAGAAGCAAAAAAGUCAAGCAGUAAGGAUAAUGAAGAAAUGGUAUUGUCUGGUAGAGACAAGAGGCUUAUUGAGCAGGUGACUUCAUACAAUGAGUCAAAGAGGUCGGAGUCUCUCAUGGACAUCCAUCAGAAAAAGCUGAAGAGCAAAGCAUCUGAAGAAAAGAGCAAACCUCAGGAAAGAAGGCCAUUUGACCGAGAGCAGGAUCUCAAAGUCAAUYGGUUUGAUGAAGCACAGAAGAAAGCUCUUAUAAGAAAAUCCAGAGACCUGAAUAGUAAAUUUGAGCACAGUAAAGGCAAUAUGUUUUUAUAAGAUGAAAGCGUUAAGCUUUUUGAAGUAAAGUCAAUUAAAGUCUGAAUAUUCAUUUUUGUAAGUAUUUUUCUGUAAAUAUUUGUAUGCAAAAUAAAUAUCCUGAUGUUUACCUAUUUUUCCUUGUCUGUAAAUACUCUCUUAGGGAGGAUCAUCUGUACUAAAACAUAACUAGCAAAGGAAAGUUCUCGUAUAAAAAAAGAUUAUAUAAAUUUGCUACUUUAAAACUUUGAUAGGUAUAUUUUUUGUUAACGUAAAAAUAAUUGAUWAAAAUAGGUUUUUAAGGAGUUCUAGAUUUGAUCUUGCUAUUGAUUUGGCAGUUUUCCAUUUUCUUCUGCCAUGCUUAAGAUUCUCUUUCUGAGCUUGACCUAAAGGCCAUGAAAAAAUCCCCUUUAGGUUUGUGUGCAGAACACUGCACAACUGGAGUUCCUGCUGGGGAGUAUAACUCAAAUGGCAGCUUUUACAUUUGUCCAGUGCUUUUAUUUCUAUGAUUUUGUGUCUGUACAUAAAUACAGAUUUAUAUAUAUGCAGAAUAGUUUCUGUACUAUAGCAGGAAGAGUUAGUGGUAGCAGGAGUAAUGAAACCUCAAGGUUUUCAGAGUGCGUUKUAAAAUGGUACUAUAUGAGACGACAAAAUCUGAUUUGAGUUUCAAUUUGUCUCAGUUGAUGACAGUUGAGAAAUUUGAUGACAAAUUUCUCAAUUGUCAUCAGAAAUCUGUCUUUUUAAGCACAUACAAUGUGAAAAUCAAAACAAAGCUUAUUUUCGUUAAUUUGCAGAGCAGAACAGCACUUCUGUAUCAUAUUGGAAAUAAAUCUGACAUUUAAAAAAGUCUACAGUCAUAUUUAGAGUUAUUUACCUCUUCUGUGUGUUAGCAGCAGAAAGAGUUGUUAAACCUUGGAAUGGGCUGCUCAGGGAGGUGGUGGAGUCACCAUCCCUGAAGGUGAUCAAGAAACAACUGGACAUGACACUGGUGAUUAGCCAAAGGUUGGGCUCCAUGAUCUUAGAGAUAUUUUCCAAUCUGAAUCAUUCUGUGGCUCUGUGUUACUUAUUUAAAAUUAGACCUGUACUUUCUCCCUUUGUCUCAGAGAAUGUUUAGGAUCCUUGUUAAGCAGUUGCUGAAACAAUGUAAUAUAUGAAAACAAUGUAAUAUAUGAGAUGCUGGUUAAUUUGUUUAGAAGUACUAAAUACUAUGGGGUUUGCUGUAGUUUGAAAAAAGUCAUGUAAUUUGAGAAAAGGAAGCCCUGAGAGAUGCUGUCCGGGUUCCUUCAUGUUUAAUGGAGCAGUGGCCUAACAAGCUCCAGAAAUGGAUUGUUAAAAACCUGUGUGAGCUUCAUGUGCUGAGAAGUCUUGGAAAGUUUCCAACAUUGCAAAUGAGUGGAAUGUAUUUAGAUAUAAUUUUUUCAACACAAUGUAUUUUGCCACUUGCAAAAUUUGCUGCCUGAAAAAUCUGCUACCUUCAGAAGGAAGAGAGACUGAUUUUGUAUUAUGUUUGCCUUUAAUCAGUUAUCAGUUUCUGAGCCUUUUGUUUUGAGGUGAGGGGAGGGUUUAAACAAGGGGUAUUUAYUUUUCCUCCCCUAAAACAGACUUCUCUUAGUGCCUCAUGCUUUUUAACUCAGCAGGCAAGAAUCAUUAGGCUUCUACUAAGCAAGUAUAGAUUUCUUAAUAGUCUGAGUAAGUAUAGAUUUCUUAAUUGGAAAAGCAGUAUUAGAAACGUCUGGGAUUUUUUUUAGGCAAUUAAAGCCAUGACAGGGUGAGCAUUGCAUGACUAGCUAAAUCUUCACAGUUGAGAAAAAGUGAUUGCAUGAGCAAGUCAUACACUUCUUGCUUAUUCAAAGUCUGGAACAAGGAUGGGGGCUGCUUGUGCAAAGGUUUUGUUGUUAUGUGCUCUGUUUUUGUUUUUGUUCUUUGGCUCCUUCUCCUCCUCCAAAUGAGCAUAGAUCAUCAGAUGUCACAGGUGGCCACACCUUGCCAUCCAGCUGGCUUCUGCUAUUUGGUCUCUGCCCUGCCUGGCCCCAUCAUGGUCUCCUGCCCUCACCAGGGCUGUGUGUGAGAGGAGGCUCUGCAGUGUUGCCCGACAGGAGCCGUCUCUAAAUGGGAGUGCAGCAGCCCCUUUGCUGUCCUACACUACCCCUCCCUGUGUGGGACACGUGGUUUUAAUUAGUGAAGCCUAAACGUGAGCUGGGAACUUAGUUUUGAACCUUCUUUUUUUUCCCUGCCACUCUGAGACAGUGUCUUAAAGACUCGAUAAUGUCAGUGUUAUGARCUUGAGGUGGGGGAAUUGGAAUUGUUGAGAGGUCAUGUUGAGAUUUUCAUGACUUUGUGUCAAUUGUGUGGACCUUCGAACUGGAUUAAUACCCAAACUCAUCUCUGACUCAUGCCAAACCAUUCCCUCAAAUAGUCAUUAGAGCAAGCAGUAAUUCAGUAAUAUACAAGCUCUAUAAGCUUUUAUGGUAAAAGAUGAGACAUCUACAAUUUGGACAAGUUGUAAAGCAUUUCUGCUGAAAUGUUAGGACGUGAUUUUUUCAGAAUCUCAUUUGAAAAACCAGAAUCUAUUUCACAGAGAAUCUUCACCAUAAUUACUAUGCCAUGUUUCUGGUGGCCAGCUCCCAAGACAGAUUUAAUGUAUGCUAUUGCUAUUCUGCAGCACCAGCCUGUGUCACAGYAUACUGAUUCCAGGCACAUCAGGAAACCCUGUUUUGAAAAAAAAAAUGUCAGGGAGGUUUUCCUGGAUGUGGAAGAUCUACCAGCCUAGAUUUUAGCAUGCUUGCCUUUGAUUUGUGCUGGCAUAUACAUCCUUUAUUUAUACUGAUGUUGAACAUUCCUGCUUAAGACUAGGGUCCCCCUCCUGAAAUGUUAAAUAGGUGUAAUUCAUAGUAUAGUUGAUAAAAAGAAGGCUUUUAUGCUAGGCAUAUGAUACACUGGGUUUUUAAAAGGAAUUUUAAGGAACAUUGUACAUUAAUAACAAAAAAAAAGGAGAACAAAACCAAAAAACAAUCGAGUUUGCUGUUAGCAAGGAAAAAUUAAAAGCAAUAAAGAUAUUUCAAGAAAACUUACUGAUUGUUUUGGAUGUGUCUUCAGGACAAAUAUAUUGAGCUACCAUGAUUUCUCAGCUGGAAAAUUUUGUUAGAAUAUGAUACAGUAAUACCUGGGUAAAAUCUCUAUGCUCUUCUAAUGUAAGCACCUAUUUGUGGAGUUAUUUUUUGCUUUUGAUGUUGAAGAAUGGAUAUUAGUGGAUGCCCUGUGCAUAUUGCCUUUUCUGUAUGAACUGCAUUUCCCAAAUAAUCAACAGCAAUAGAAAUGUUUUAUUUAGGGCUUUGAUGGAAUCAAGUUGAUAGCACCAAGGUGGCAUUGUUGAAAUAGCUUUCUUCUAGAAAGAGACAUUGAAAUCAAACAUUAAUAUAUUUCUGUCCAAUAGGAAAGAGKGAUAUCCGCAUAAAGAAGAUUUUAAAUGCUCCAGAAGACUCUGAGGGUCCAGGGCUAAUUGAGCUUGUCGACUUGUUUUGUUUCUGAAGUGUAAAUUAGUUAUUUCUGUCCAGCCAAUUUCAAAUCACGUGUUGAUUUACGAGUAAUAUAGCAUUAAAAAUCAGAAUCUGUGAAAACUUACUGUGCAUGCAUCCUCAGCAUGCGCCACCCCACUUGUGUACAGUGCAUAUAGUUUCUAAAUGCAUAAUUACCUAAUUCUCAAAUAAAACACAUGUGAUUUC